UGAUAGUGGUUCUCUGCAAAGGAAACGCAUCGAGUCUCAGUUUCGUUUGAGACGGCCGACAGAGCAGUGACCAAGUGAGUGCUGGUGGUGACGGGUCUAUUGAGUGGCCACCUAACGCGAGUGAGCGAAACUUUUCCACCGACUCAUCAUCAAACGAUCCUUUUUCUCGCUUCAUUGGUAUUAGACACAAAUUUUUAAAGUGCCAAUAACCUGAUUGAACCAGCUCGCCUCACCCGAACCAACCAAAGGAUAGAUGUUAUGAGACGUUGACAAUCUUCGCUAAGAGCCUCAUAAGAAAAAUUGCCUGAAUGGUGUCUUUUGGGGAGAUGUGUCCAUGUUAGUGUAAAGCCGAUUAGACACAGUCAGAAGGUAAAUGCCUUGGCUUUCGAGUCGGCCUUUAAUCCUCGAGAAGCUAACUGGAUGGAUGGAAAGAUGGAGUAUCGGACAAUGAGCCACAAGGCCAUUGUGGUUUUCCUCUCCGAGUGAGUAUCUCAUACCUUAGAGCCAAACAAAAAGCCUCUUUGAGUGUCAACGUUACAAACGCAGUGCUUCCUUUUUUUUCUCUACUCUGUGAGUCGAUAUCACCUUCGGGUUGGCCUUCCCUCGUAAGCGAAUAAGUUCUCGAAAUAGAUAGGUAGAAAGAUAGACAGAUGGAUGGAUGGAGAGGAAAAACACAGACUUAGGAUCCCUCUCAAGGUGAACGGAGAGCCAAGGAAACCGCACCACGUUUUGAAACAUAUCCCCCAAACGACGGAUUCGUAGAGACCUGUCGGAAAAUAACGGAGCCUAGCGUCACCCAAGAAGGAGGACGACAACGACGACGUCGGGAACGGGAGAACAGGAGAACGGAAGAGGAGAAGGAGGGAAUUAGAGGACGAAAAAAAGGCCAACCACUGCAGCUCAGCCAGUCUUGGCUUCGCAGAUAGAGGACAGAAGAGUUAUGUCAAUGACUGGCGACCGAAAAAAGAGGAUCCAAGUCCACAAUUUCCAUGUUCCGGCUUUAAGCCCACUACCAGUACCGGUGUCUUUGCCACCCUCCAGUGAGAGUCUGUACUAUUCCUUUCUUAAAGGCUCGCGUGGUUGGACGUUCAUCCGAUAAAUCAGGAGCUCUCUAAAAGUCUCUCUCCCACUCUAUGUAAGAGACUAAGAGGUCAUAUACAUUUGUGUGUGAAGUCAGAUCCAUAGAACGACUAGCUGCAGCAAAAAAGAGCUAGCCUUACAUCGCAUUUGGUGGGCAAAGGACUUCAAAAGGACGAAUUCUUGCCGUGGUUGGCUAGAUUAACUCCUACCUUGCAUACCCUAGCAUGGAUCAGAACGUCGAGAUCGCUGAAUCAGCAAAUGGGAUCGAGUAGGAAAUGUGGGAGAGAUUCCAAACCAUGGGCCAAAGAGCCAGAUAGCCGCCAAAAUUCGUUCGGAUGAAGAUCUCAAUCAUGGACCCCAUUACUGAUCUUGACCUUGUGAUUUGACGGCCCUUUUCGUGUAAUGACCAGUAGUCGUGACAAUUGAACACUUUUGUUUCCGUCGAGGAUGCUUCAGUGCCUUUGGGGCAUCGCCGAAACUACGCCUGAACAAGGAACGGAAUGGUCUCACGAUGUCUUAGAAUGGUUGGAACUCCGGGUUGUGCCAUCAUUGCCACCAGGGAUUCUCUUGGAAUACUGCAGUGAGAUGGAGGUCAUUCUGCAUUGUUAGAGACAGCCCAAAAGACUAAAGCACCUUCAAGAUUCCGUGGCAAAAAGUGUCUUUCUGCAUUGUUUUGCCUCCUAUCCUCUCGGCCUCCUGAAGAGGCACUGCAUUGAAAAAAAGAGCUUGAGAGUGUUGAGGAAGCAUAUUUCUUCUUUUUGAAAAACUUUUGUGAAUUCUCAGGACGUUCCUUUUGCGUCAGAUAUGUGACAAUGAAUUGACGAGAACAACUUGCACCAACAGCUCACCCACCAACACUAGAGCUUGAACACUUCUACUGAAGUGAGUGAUUGAGUGAGGGAGUGUUGAACGACGUCAAGCCAGCCACGAAGGUAUCAGCAAGAACCCGUCAUGUCUUCGCCUGACCUCGAGUGUAUUCAAUCCGUUUCAUCACCCUGCAGCACAAUUGAUUUUGAUAAUCACCCGUUGCCCAUGACUCCUCAUCAACAACGUCGCCGUGCAGCCCUACUAGCCGAUUCCCCGGAGCCGCCCCCGCCUCAAAGCUCAGGCAUGCCUAAUCCUAGCCGGAGACAAUCGGUCAGCUGCUCCUUAACCGGCCGACCCGUCGAUCAGGUCGAGAUGGUGAUUGAGGCAGCUUCGGCAGGCAAUGAGAGCGGGUUUUGCCUGUGCACCCGUUGUUGCGUCCGGUGUUGUGCCAAAAUGGAUCAUUCUAUCAGCGGUCUCAAGCGAAGUAACGUGUGGAAAUCCAUCCUCUUGGGCCAACUCAUUUCGCUAUUACUAUGCUCCUCCUGUGUUCUGUGCCAAAUCCUGGUGGAUAACUACAACUUCAAACUCCCAUCAGGACAAUCUCUGUUGUAUUAUUUACUUCUGUUCGUGGUCUAUUUUCCGAUCCUCUGUUGUCGGCGAGCUCGGCGGUCUUCGGUCAGUAGCGGAAGUGGAACCAAUAACGUGACCAAUGCAAGUUUAAAAGCGCCGGAUCCGUUGUACCAGGUUUUACGCCAACGUGGCCUUCGCUACUUCUUUUUGGCUGUGGUGGAUACUCAGGCCAAUUACCUCAUUCAACGAGCAUUUCAAUACACAACCUUGACAAGUGUGCAGCUUCUAGAUUGUUUUUGUCUGCCCACGGUUUUGAUUCUAUCGUGGUUGAUCUUGCGUGCCCGUUACAAGCUCACUCACAUCGGUGGAAUGGCAUUGGCGCUCAUGUCGGUGGUGUCCUUGGUGUGGAUUGAUAUUGAUGAUGGCAAAGGCGGUGUCACCAGUGGAGGGCGAAAUCGGCUGAUCGGUGAUAUGCUCACCUUGAGUGGAUCAUUCCUCACCGGAAUCACCUUCGUCGGAUUGGAACAUUCGGUCCGAUUCCAUGAUCCCUACGAGUUUCUCGGGAUCGUGGGCCUCUUUGGAAGCAUUAUCACGGCCGUCCAGAUAGGUCUUUUGGAACGUGGCGAGAUCCUGACGAUUCGUUGGGAGUUAUGGGAGAUUACAGUACUUCUAGCCGCAUUCUCCGUAGCACAAUUCGUCCGGAUAUCUUGCCUACCCCUUAUGCUCAAACUCUCGUCCUCGGCAGGACUCACCUUGUCCUUACUUUCUUCAGAUUUUUAUUCAAUUCUGGCCGGUUUCUGUAUGCUUCACUUUCAAUUCCAUGCACUGUACCUUAUCUCCAUAAGCCUGGUUCUCACCGGUUUGAUCAUAUUCAGCAUUCAACCCGUUCCAAUGAUGCUCAAAAAACUCAGUGGGGAAAUUGUGUUUGGCUCAAACGGAUCUGGGUCCAAAUUCAAGACCUCAGCCCAAUCCAUCUUCAAUGGGAGCAGCGAGGUCAGUGUAGUCCCCAAUGUGGUUCCUUUGAGCAACCUUCUCGUAUCAGACAUGGCCUUUCAUGGCCUUCCAGCAACCACAGUUGAGAUUCAUCCAGUUCGGUCUUCGAGUGUGGCCGGCCCAUCCAAUGGGAAACUCCCUCAAGCCCCACCGCCGCCAACCAUGAGACAUCAACACGCCCCGUUUCACGAGGAUUCAAUGUGAUCAUCGCCGUUAUCAUAGAUCUCACGAGCGAUAGGAAUGUUGAAUACGUAGUAAAAAGUCAAUAAAGUAAUUAUUGCCAUCACGUCGAA